AAUCAUUCAGAAAUAUUUCCUAAUAACCCAAUGCUCAUGUGUAUAUGCGGUAGUUCCGGUUCUGGGAAAACUCAUCACACUUUUAACAUGUUGACAACAGCAAACCUUUUAGAUUUCGAUUCUUUGUAUAUCUACACAACAACACCUAGGCAAUCGUAUUAUCAAUUCCUCAAAGCUUUAGAAUAUCUACCAAAGAAAGAUGUUCAAGACCUAUUUCAAUAUUACGAAGAAAACGAAGAAGAAGUGGAAAUAAAAGAUUUCAUAGAUAACUACAUCGAAGGAAAGAAACCAACGGAUAUAAAAGUUUUUCUUACGAAAAAUGUUAAUGAUCUAGACUUGUCUAAAAUUGAUAGCGGGCGAAAGAACUUACUAGUGUUUGACGACUGCGUGGCGCAAAGAAAUCAAGCCGUUCAACAAGAAUUCUUCACGAAAGGAAGACAUCACAACUGUCACUGCAUAUACCAAUCCCAAUCUUUUUACGGGAUGGCUUCUAUGUUCAUUAGAAAAAAUGCAAAUUGUUUUUUAUUAUUUGAAUUAAACGACAAAGAUUUAUCUCAAAUC